CUUCACUUCUUUUAACUUCAAUUCAGUUCACUCCUCUGAGUCCAUCCACAAUGGCUAACGCCGCCAAUGGCUCCGGCUUUGCCCCCUGCCUUUUCUUUCUCCAAGUCAUCAAGGGGCGGUGGUUCAUGAUGUUUGCAUCCUUCCUAAUCAUGGCAGGCGCCGGUGCAACAUACCUGUUCGGUGUAUACUCCAAGGACAUCAAAUCAACACUGGGUUAUGACCAGUCCACUUUGAACCUCCUCAGCUCAUGCAAGGACCUUGGAGCCAACGUUGGGAUCCUCUCCGGCCUCCUCGCCGAGGUAACUCCCACGUGGUUCGUCCUUUUAGUCGGCGCUGUCCUGAAUUUUGCUGGGUAUUUCAUGGUCUGGCUCGCUGUCUGCAGAAAAAUCCCCAAACCAAAAGUAUGGCAAAUGUGUGCCUACAUUUGCAUUGGUGCAAAUUCCCAGAAUUUCGCCAAUACAGGGUCUUUAGUCACUUGUGUGAAGAACUUUCCAGAAAGUAGAGGGAUGAUGAUGGGGCUGAUGAAGGGGUUUGUGGGGCUCAGUGGGGCUCUGUUUACUCAGCUUUACUUUGCUAUAUAUGGUGAUGAUUCAAAGUCUUUGAUUCUGCUCAUUGGAUGGCUCCCUGCAGCAAUUUCUCUGGUUUUUGUUUAUACCAUUAGGGAGAUGAAGAUUUCUUCACACCCCCAUGAGCUCAAGGUGUUCUAUGAAUGUCUAUUUAUCUCAAUUGCUAUGGCUUUAGUUCUGAUGGGAUUAACCAUUGCCCAGAAACAGGUUCAAUUUUCUCACCUUGGGUAUGUAAUCAGUGCAACUGUUGUUUGUGUUUUGAUGUUUCUCCCUCUGAUUUUAGCUGUUAGAGAAGAGUUCUAUACUUGGAGGACCAAUAAAGAGCAACAAAAUUCUGUUCCUAGUAACAUUGUUGUUGUUAAGGAAUUAAAAUCCCAAGAACUGCCAGUUUCAAAGAGUGAAAUUGAGCAAGUAGAAUGCACCCAGAAGACCGACGAGGAGGAGAAGGUCGAGAUCAAGGAGAAGGAGAAUGUCUCAUGUUGUGCUAAUAUCUGUAACCCACCAAAUAGAGGUGAAGAUUACUCAAUUCUCCAAGGUCUUCUAAAUGUUGACAUGCUGAUUCUGUUCCUGGCUACAUUCUGUGGAUUGGGUUGCAGCUUAACAGCAAUGGACAACUUAGGCCAAAUUGGCGAGUCCUUAGGCUACCCACAACACACCAUAAGCACAUUUGUUUCCCUGGUCAGCAUCUGGAACUACUAUGGCAGGGUAUUUUCUGGAUUUGUCUCUGAAAUCAUCUUAUUGAAGUACAAAGUUCCGCGGCCACUGAUCAUGGCUUUAUCCUUGCUAUUAUCUGCCGUUAGUGACCUCCUUAUUGCGUUCCCAGCCCCUGGUUCUGUCUAUAUUGCAUCAUUGAUUAUGGGGUUCUCAUAUGGUGCCCAACUUACACUUAUCUUCACCAUAAUCUCUGAGCUCUUUGGAUUGAAAUACUACUCCACACUAUUCAAUUGUGGUCAAUUGGCUAGUCCUCUUGGAUCAUACAUACUGAAUGUCAAGGUUGUUGGGAAUCUGUAUGACAAAGAAGCAUUAAAGCAGCUUGCAUCAAAAGGAAUGACAAGAUCAAUGGUGAAGGAACUGACUUGCGUCGGGAAACAAUGUUACAGGCUAUCUUUCUCAAUUUUAGCUGCUACAAACACCGUUGGAGCUCUGGUUACACUGAUUCUUGUUUGGAGAACAAGAAAGUUUUACAAAGGGAAUAUCUAUAAGAGAUUUAGAGAUGAAAUGGAAGCUAGUGCAAAGGAAAUGACUUUACAACAUUAGCAUAGUUGCUAGGGAACAAUAAGGUGAUUAAUUUUUU